AUGGACUACACAAUGGCCGCCGUGAAAGCUCUCAAGUCUACCCUGAAGGAGGGACAGCAGUUUCGCUUCGUCUUGGUAAKUGGCUCGCUGGUGGAGGCGGAUAAGAGCAAGACGCUAUGGUUCUUGGGUGAAAUGAGGCGUAUGCGGGGAGAGGUCGAAACGAAUAUUCUUGACCUUGAGAAGAGUGAUACCAGCAAGCAGUGGACGUCGUAUGUCACAAAGCCUGCUUUGGUCACAAACGGAGAGUCCAUCAUCAGACUGGUUACGACGCAUUACAUACCGCUGGAGAGUUUGGGAGCUGCUCUUGCAGACCUCGCAGUUGCCGGAGGUGAGAGGCGGGUGUUGGACAACGGCGAGCUCAGGCAGCGGGGACAGAUUGCGUUGAAGGCAGCUUCGUAA